AUGCAAUUUGUCAUUUCUUUCCUUUUAGGCCUGAGCUGGCUCGCCAACGCUGCCUACAUUCCUGCCCUGAGCACCAACGGCACUGAGAUUGUAUCUCGUGAUGUUGGCGGGUACCGCUCAGUGGCAUACUAUGUGAACUGGGCUAUCUAUGGUCGUGACUUCCAACCCCAGAAUCUCCCCGCCGAGCGACUGACCCAUGUCCUUUAUGCAUUUGCUAAUAUUCGUGCCGGCACUGGCGAGGUCUACCUGUCGGACUCCUGGGCGGACACUGACAAGCACUAUCCCACUGAUUCUUGGAACGAUUCUGGAAACAAUGUCUAUGGCUGUAUCAAACAGCUGUUCCUACUCAAGAAGAACAACAGCAAGCUCAAGGUUCUUCUGUCGAUUGGAGGCUGGACCUACUCCCCCAGCUUUGCAUCUGCCUUUGAUACAGAGGCUGGACGGCAGAAGUUCGCUGAUUCUGCCACGGAGCUGCUGCAGAACCUUGGCUUGGAUGGUAUUGAUGUUGAUUAUGAGUACCCUGAUACUGACGACCAGGCAGACAAGUUUGUCGAUGCACUCCGUCGACUUCGUGCGUCUUUGGAUUCCUACAGCUCAGCCAAUGCCCAGGGUUAUCAUUUCCUGCUUACUGUCGCAUCCCCCGCUGGCCCAGUCCACUACCGCCAGCAACGCCUGAAGGAGAUGGACCAGUAUUUGGAUUUCUGGAACCUCAUGGCCUACGACUACUCCGGUAGCUGGGACACAGUUGCCGGCCACAAUUCCAAUCUCCACGCGUCGACCGACAACCCAGCCAGCACCCCAUUUAACACGGACCAAGCAGUCGAUUACUACACCGCGCAAGGCGUAGCUGGCAAUAAGAUCGUCCUGGGAAUGCCACUGUACGGCCGAGCGUUUACCAAUACCGACGGCCCGGGAAAGCCCUACAAUGGUGUUGGAGCAGGCACAUGGGAGAACGGGGUGUGGGACUACAAGGGUCUGCCACUGAACGGUUGUGCCGUGACCAUCUUGGAUCAACCAGGUGUAAGCUACUGCUACAAUAAAGACAGCCGACUGUUUGUCAGCUAUGACACACCCGAGAUUGCGCGUCAGAAGGCGCAGUACAUCCAGUCCCGCGGACUGGGCGGUGGAAUGUGGUGGGAGAGCAGCUCUGACAAGACUGGUGGGGACAGUUUGAUUACAACUGUUGUUGAUACACUUGGAGGUGUCGGCGCUUUGGAGCAGAGCGGCAAUCAGCUGCAAUACCCUGCCUCCAAGUACGAUAACUUGAAGAGUGGCUUCCCUUAG